CACCGGAAGUAGCCGGCCUGUUUGACUUCCGCUCCCAGAGUAUGAGCUCCUGGGGUUCGCCCGUUGGUUGUCAGUAAUGCACUAGGAGUUCGAGAGUAUGGAGGCAGCGCGCCCUCCCUCGACGACGGGGAAGUUUGUGGUGGUCGGUGGUGGCAUCGCGGGUGUCACCUGUGCUGAGCAGUUGGCUAUUCAGUUUCCAUCAGAAGAUAUUCUCCUGGUAACAGCUUCUCCUGUUAUUAAAGCGGUUACAAAUUUCAAGCAGGUUUCUAAAGUAUUGGAGGAGUUUGAUGUUGAAGAGCAACCGAAAACCAUGUUAGAAAAUCGCUUUCCCAACAUUAAGAUUAUAGAAUCCGGGGUAAAACAACUAAAGAGUAAAGAACACUGCAUUUUAACAGGAGAUGGCAGUCAGCAUGUGUAUAAGAAACUCUGUUUGUGUGCUGGAGCUAAACCAAAGUUGAUAUGUGAAGAAAAUCCUUACGUAUUAGGAAUCCGUGAUACAGACAGUGCUCAGUUUGCAAAUACAGAGAUUUCUAUUCAGACUUUCAGAAUUGCUCUGAGUAACUUUAAUAUUCCUUUUAGGUAUGAAAUUGAAGGUUGUGAAAUCAUUUGGGCCAUUAAAGAUAAAGCUAUUGGGAAUACUUUCUUCGAUGCAGGAGCAGCAGAAUUCUUGACUUCAAAGCUCAUUGCUGAAAAACCAGAGGCUAGAAUUGCACAUAAAAGAACUAGGUAUACAACUGAAGGAAGAAAACAAACCAAAACUGGUGCUGGUAAUAUGGGCAGUGCCUUGGGACCUGAUUGGCAUGAAGGCUUGAAUCUUAAAGGUACAAAAGAGGUAUGUGUUCAUAUACUAAUUAAACCUAAGAUGCAAUUUUAAAUUCUUAAACCAUUCGUUAAAGACUGGUCACAAAUAAGUCAAACUCUGGUGAUUACAUUUGAGAGUGAAGGUGGUUUGUUUGUUUGUUUUAAAGAGGUAUGGCCUGUAUAUGUGGAAUUGACUAAUGAAAAGAUAUACGGCUGUGAUUUCAUUGUCAGUGCUACAGGAGUUACACCAAAUACAGAACCUUUCCUCUGUGGCAACAAUUUUGAUCUAGGAGAAGACGGAGGCCUGAAGGUGGAUGCUCACAUGCACACGUCUCUCUCUGAUGUCUAUGCUGCGGGUGACAUGUGCACCGCGUCCUGGAGGCCCAGCCCGGUGUGGCAGCAGAUGAGGCUGUGGACGCAGGCUAGACAGAUGGGAUGGUAUGCAGCAAAGUGCAUGGCUGCAGCUAGUUUAGGAGAAUCUACUGACAUGGACUUCAGCUUUGAACUUUUUGCUCAUGUAACAAAAUUUUUUAACUAUAAGGUUGUAUUGCUGGGAAAAUACAACGCACAGGGCUUAGGUUCAGAUCAUGAAUUAAUGCUGAGAUGUACCAAAGGACAAGAGUACGUCAAAGUUGUCAUGCAGAAUGGGCGAAUGAUGGGAGCUGUCUUAAUUGGUGAAACUGACUUAGAAGAAACAUUUGAAAACUUAAUUUUAAAUCAGACCGAUCUUUCAUCAUAUGGAGAAGAUCUGCUAGAUCCAAAUAUUGAUUUAGAAGAUUAUUUUGACUAAAAAAGGCAUUUCAAGAACUACAGAAAGUUCCAAAUAACACAAAGUCACAAUAAGGUAAAUGCACUGAUUAAAUGAAGAAUACAGAAGUGAUAAUGAUUUCAGUGGGAAAAUAUAUGUAAAUUAUUUGAACUUUACAACACAAAACUGACCACUUAUGUAAAUGUAAGGACUUAAGUUACUCAUUUCUGAUUUAGCUAAGUUGUUAUCUACUUAGCCAACAACUUGGUCUGGCAUGCCAGAGUCAUUCUGAUUGUGAAAUCUCAGAGACGGUUAUGGUUUCAGAUUUAUAUUAAUACCUUAUUGUGUUUGGAUUCUACAGGUGUUAUGAGCUGAAAUAACUCCCUGUAAUAAGCCUUUGUAAAAUAUUCCAUAUGAUAACUUCGCUAUCAAAUGUUGGUUAUAUCAAAAGAAAAUAAACAUAUCAAGGCAUAAGAGUUUAAGAUAAUUUUUGAUGUGAAAUACUCAAGUUCAAAUAACUGACAGUAUGAAAUGAGAAAAAUGUAAAAUACUUAAGUCCAGUACUUCAGAGAUAAGUUCCAUAUGUAUAAAAUAUUAAUAAAAUUGUCUUAAACUGUUUUCUUGGAAAAUAAACACCUAUCUCAUGCAUCAUCAA